AUAAUUUUUUACUCUCAAUUAUUCAUUAGAAGCAUUGAUGAAUCGUUGGUUUUGCAGGUAACUGAAUUUUCGUGUGGUGGGAUUUCAUUGGGUCUUAGCUGGGCACAUGUAUUAGGGGGCCCACUUUCAGCAUCAGAAUUAAUCAACACAUGGAGCCAAAUCUUGAAUAAUUUAAACUUAAAAAUCCCCUUCAACAUUCCAAGAUCCGCCCCAACACCCAACAAACCGGGGCCCAAAUAUGAUCCGGGUACGGUUAAACGGGUUGACCCGGUUGGUGAUCAUUGGAUUUUAGCCAACAACAAAAAAAUGGACACACUCUCAUUUCACAUUACUAGCUCCCAUAUGAACAACUUGCAAACACAAAUUUGGGGUCCAAGUGUUGAACAAACCCCUCCAUUUGAAUCCCUAUGUGCAAUAAUUUGGCGAUGCAUCGCUCGUGUUCGAGAAGGAUCCGAACCCACUACCGUGACCGUUUGUCGAACCGACCCAUUAAGUAGUAGCAAUGAUAUAUUUGGUAAUGACCAAUUGAUAUGCAAGGUUGAGGCUAAAAGUGAGUGUUCAAUUAUUGACACUAAUUUAAGAGUAUUGGCUAGCAUGCUUGUUAAUCAAGGUGUUGAUGAGAGGGAUCAAAUUAAUGAAAUGGUAGAAAAAGAUCAAGGGGUGAUUGAUUAUUUUGUCUAUGGUGCCAAUUUGACAUUUCUUGACUUAGAAGAUAUCAAUUUGUAUGACUUAAAAUUGAAGGGACAUAAGCCAAAAUUUGUUUACUACACACUUCAAGGGGUGGGAGAUGAAGGAGUUAUUUUGGUCCUUCCUUGGUCAAAAGAUCCUAUCAUGAAUGGUAUUGAUGGGAAGUUUGUUACCAUUAUAAUGCCAGAAGAUGAAAUGGUGAAACUUAAAUCUGAGCUUAAGAUGAAUGGUGUUAUGUUGGAGGGUGAACUUUAAUGAAAGAUUGAGUAAUUGCAAGAAUAAAUAAGUUUGGCAUUAUUUGUUGGGUGUGUCUGUUGUUUUUCAUUUAUUUUUAUAAAAAAAAUAUUGUUCACUUUCUUUUAUUGUUAAUUUUUGUUUCACAAGGAGUUCACCUUCUUUUCUUUCGAUGGAUACUUGAGCAGAUAGCCAAAUUUAUGGAUAAACUUUUAUUGCAGAAA